UUUAUAAUAUGUAUAAUAAAUUCAAACAGCAUACUUUCGAGUUUCGAUGAAGGCCGGAAUAAUAAUUGGUAAAAAAGUAUUCUGUUAAUGGCACAUUUUGUUUGUUUUAUAUCACAUUUUCUUCUGAUAAAUGACAUAUGAUAUUAAGAGGAAUGUAUUGUUAUAUGAUAGAGAUCGAAUUCAGGAGAAAUUCACAAAAUUUGGAUAUCUAAUGUUUUGUUUAUAUUUGUGUUAUAGGAAGAUUUUACAAGAGAUUAUCCAAAAAGAAGACAGCAAAAAUGUUGCUGUAACUGCAACAACGGGAAUGGCCAGUCUCCAUCUAGGAUCCAAUGCAACAACCUUACACCACUGGGCCGGGAUUUUAGAUGGGAGACACUCCAUUGAAAAACUUCAAGAGUUAUUUGACAAUGACGACAGCUACUCAGAAGCCAAAAAACGGAUACAGAUCACCAAAUGCUUAAUCAUUGAUGAAAUAAGCAUGUUGUCAGCCAAAAUUUUCAACAUGGUGGAGUCUGUAUGUCGGCUUGUUAAGAAAAAUAAUCAAGCCUUCGGGGGUAUUCAGGUUUUAGUGUCUGGGGAUUUUAAGCAACUUCCUCCUGUUCCAAACUACAGAUUAGGGGAUGAAGGGAAAUACUGUUUCGAAAGUGAGAUUUUCCAGCAAACAUUUCAUCAUCAUAUUAACUUACCCAAGGUAAUGAGACAACAUGAGGAAGACUUAAUCAAAGCUGUAAAUGAGUUAUGUAACGGUUCUCCAUCAGCUGAAACACUGCAGCUGAUGAAAAGUCUUGACAGACCCCUGGACCCUGGUGAUGAUCAUACAGAAAUUGUGAGCUUUUUGGAACAAACUUUGAUGCCAGCUUUGUGAACCAAGAAAUGUUGGAGGAUAUGGAAGGAGAAAUGCAUGUGUUCAAAGCCAAAGAUGAAGGUUAUCUGAAGCUUUUACGAGGAAAUGCGGUUCCUAAAACACUGACUGUAAAGAUAUGUGCUCCAGUCAUUCUUUUGAAAAAUAUUGGAAACGGUCUAUUCAAUGGAAUGAGAGGAAAAGUCCACAGUAUAUCGAAGGAAAAUCUACCUAUUAUUGAUUUCCAUGGACGAAUGAUCACAGUGAGUCCUGUAAGAUUUGAUGUUUUUGAUGCACAACAGCAAAAAUCGUUGGCGUCGCGAAGACAAAUUCCACUCAUGCUGGCAUUUGCGUUGACAGUUCAUAGAGCCCAAGGUCAGACAAUAGAAAAACUUGAAAUUGACUGUUAUUCUUUUUUUGCACCGGGACAGAUGGGUGUUGCUGUUGGCAGAGCUAGAAACAAAACUGGGUUGUGUAUCAGGAACUUUAACAAAAAAGCAGCCAACCUCAAACAUCCUCAGUGUGUUUAUGACUUUUACGAUAAUGUAGAACAAUUCCAAAACCGCGUAGAUGACUGUUGUUGGGCUGAUAUUGUGUGUGAGGAUCUAUUACCUCUGGACACUGAACCCAGCUCGUCACAGACCUAUGAGACUGAUCCAGAGGAACCAGGUCCAUCUGAGUUACCUGCAGAAGCAACACCAAAAUCAACAGUUGAAUCCCCAUUUAGCCUGGAAGAGUUUUUCCUUCACAACAAAGAUGCUAAAUUCACGUACAAUAUUCAAUCAGAUGUAAUCAAGAAAUUAAAAGGUCACAUGAACUGGAUUUAUGAAAUAAUUACUGACAUCUUAAAAGAAAGUCCAAAAACAAGACAGAAGUGGACCACAGCUUUCGAUCAACUGAACAAUUUCUUAGUGAGUGACAACCACAUCACCAGCAUCAAAACACUCUUUUCUGUGGACACAAUUACAAAAGAAAACAACAAGCUCUCUUCCAAACUGGCUUUCUGGCUCAUGGACAAACUAAUUGAAAAUGAGGCCAAAAAAGUGCAACAAACACAGGAAGAGGAACUGCAUCAGGAGACCCCACCUCCUCAACUUUCACAAGCUGCCAAAGGAAAAAUUAGAUAUAUUGCUGGUGCAUGUGUUAACAAAAUUGGGACAAGGCUGCAAAAGUCGGUUGUAUCAAAACUAAGUCAAUGCACAGCCAAGAGCAAAAUAAGUAGGAAAUUGGACUACAGGAAACAACGAAUGCUGAAAACCUUCAGAAUAAAUGAGAGUGAAGUUGACGAUUCAGAACCCAGCAUGGCAGAGAUAGAUUUCAAACAAGGGUUGUCACAUGGAUUAUAUGUUGUCAGUGAUGAUGUGUUUAAUUUCUUCAUUAAACUCCAUGAUGUGGUGCAAAGCACAAUAACCGUGGCUCAAUUUCAUCUGCAUUUUGACAACAUUCACCUGAAUUGUAGGUCUGCAGUUGAUGCCAGUGACCUUCUUCUCGACAAAUGGAUAGAUUUGUUUGGGGAAAUCGAUGACACACAAAUGGAAGAUGAAAUAUUCUUGAAUUUAGUUAUGGAGCUGUACAAAGACAUUACAGAAUAUUUCUUGAAAGUGUCCAUAGCAGAGGCCUUGAAAAACUUUAAAGCAACUGUGCCAAGGAAGAAAAAACAAGCGUUUAGGGUCAAACUCACUGCUCUUGUUAAAAACAUACCACAAGGCAACAUCAAGAUGCUUGUCACUCAUGUUGACGGCUUCUGA